UGAGUUUGUGAGCUGGCUGGUGGACAUCGGGGAGACUGAUAACCCAGAGGAGGGGGUUCAUCUGGGACAGGCUCUACUGGAGAAUGGCAUCAUACACCAUGUCACAGACAAACACCAGUUCAAGCCAGAGCCGGUGCUAUACCGUUUCCGCUACGACGACGGGACCUACCACCCCAGGAGUGACAUGCAGGACGUCAUCUCCAAGGGUGUCAGACUCUUCUGCAGGCUCCAUAGUCUCUUCACUCCGGUCAUCAGGGACAAGGACUACCACCUGAGAACGUACAAGUCGGUGGUGAUGGCCAACAAGUUGAUAGACUGGCUCAUAGCACAGGGGGACUGCAGGACGAGGGAGGAGUCGUUGAUCUUGGGGAAGGAGCUGUGUGACAAUGGCUUCAUGCACCACGUGUUGGAAAAGAGUGAGUUCAAAGACGAGCCUCUGCUGUUCCGUUUCUUUGCGGAUGAGGAGAUGGAGGGAUCAAACACCAAACACAAGCAAGCCAUGAAGCACGACCUGAAGAUAGCUGAGAAUGUCAUCGCCAAGUCGCUGUUGAUAAGACCCAGUGAAGGAGGUUAUGGUUUCAGCCUGGAGGACAGAAACAGAGUACCCAUCAUCAAGUCAGUGGAGAAGGGCUCGCAUGCGGAGAUGGCAGGUCUAGAGGUCGGGAGGAAGGUGUUUUGUAUAAAUGGAGACCUGGUGUUCCUGAGGCCCUUCCCGGAGAUGGAGGCUUUCCUCAAACACUGUUUCACCAGCAAGGGACCUCUCAGAGUGCUAGUUAGCACCAAGCCUAGAGAGACAGUGAAGAUCCCAGACUCAGCAGACGGACUGGGGUUCCAGAUCAGGGGCUUUGGCCCUUCUGUGGUGCACGCUGUUGGCAGAGGCACGGUGGCAGCCAUCGCAGGGCUCCACCCUGGCCAGUGUAUCAUCAAGGUGAACAACAUCAACGUCAGUAAGGAGAGCCACGCCAGCGUCAUUGCACACGUUACUGCCUGUAGGAAAUACAGAAGACCCACACAGCAGGACAGUAUACAGUGGGUGUAUAACAAGGUGAGAGUUCCCAGGAGGACCAGGGGAAGAACCAGAAACAAACUGCUGAGGAGAACGGGGAUGGCUGA